GUGUUCUGCGUGGGGCUGUGGUGCCUGGAUGAGUACUGGUACUACAGUGUCUUCACCCUCUCCAUGCUCGUGGCCUUCGAAGCCUCCUUGGUCCAACAACAGAUGAGGAACAUGUCGGAGAUCCGGAAGAUGGGCAACAAACCCUACAUGAUCCAGGUUUACAGGAACCGGAAGUGGCGCUCGAUCUCCAGCGAUGAGAUUAUUCCCGGGGAUAUUGUAUCCAUUGGUCGAUCUCCUCAUGAGAACCUGGUGCCCUGUGACGUGUUGCUGCUGCGUGGCCGGUGCAUCGUGGAUGAGGCCAUGUUGACAGGAGAGUCUGUUCCACAAAUGAAGGAACCUGUGGAGGAUCUGAAUCCAGAUCACGUCCUGGACAUGCAGGCAGAUGCUCGUCUACACAUCAUUUUUGGGGGAACUAAAGUGGUGCAGCACAUCCCACCCCAGAAGGCCAGCACAGGCCUGAAACGUAGGUACCCCAAACCCACCUCCUGCCAGGAGGAGCCAGGGGAUCAUUUUGAGGGGAUUUGGGAUGGGAAGGAGGUGACCCCAGUGUGUGACAUUCCAGUUGAAACCCACCGAGCCAUCGCCACCUGCCACUCACUGGUCCAGUUGGAUGAUGGGACGUUGGUGGGAGAUCCCUUGGAGAAGGCCAUGUUGAUGGCUGUGGAUUGGACCCUCACCAAAGGUAAAACCUGGUUCCUGAGCCAUGGGGGGUUGUCCCAGUGUCCCAGCAACUACCAGGCUGUCCACACAGAGAUUUCCCACGAGGGGGCAAGAGUGUUGGCCCUUGGCUACAAAGAACUGGGCCACCUCACCCACCAGCAGGUCAGAGACAUAAAGAGGGAAGAUCUGGAGUGUGACCUGAGGUUUGUGGGGUUCAUAGUGGUUUCCUGUCCCCUCAAAGCUGACUCCAAAUCUGUCAUCAGGGAGAUCCAGAAUGCAUCACACCAUGUAGUGAUGAUCACAGGGGACAAUCCUCUCACCGCCUGCCACGUGGCCCGGGAGCUCCACUUCUUCCAGAGGGAGCAAACCCUGAUCCUGCAGCCUCCUGGGACCAAAGGCUCCAGUUGGCAGUGGAAAUCUGUGGAUGGGACUGUGGUGCUCCCAGUGCUUCCCAGUUCCCUGGGGGAGCUGACCCAAAGCUAUGACCUCUGUGUCACUGGGGAAGGUCUCUCUUACCUCCAGUCUGGGGACAAGGAGCAGCUCCUGAAGCUCAUCCCACACAUCCAGGUCUUUGCCAGAGUGGUGCCAAAGCAGAAGGAAUUUGUCAUCACAACCCUGAAGAGCCUGGGCUAUGUCACCCUGAUGUGUGGGGAUGGGACCAACGACGUUGGAGCUCUGAAACAUGCAGAUGAACGGAUCAGUCAGGUCUUGAAGGACCUGGAAGAGGAACGUGUCCCCGUGGUGAAGCUGGGAGAUGCCAGCAUUGCUGCCCCCUUCACCUCCAAGCUCUCCUCCAUCCACUGCAUCUGCCACGUGAUCAAGCAGGGACGUUGCACCUUGGUGACCACCCUGCAGAUGUUCAAGAUCCUGGCCCUGAAUGCCCUGAUCUUGGCCUACAGCCAGAGUGUCCUCUACUUGGAAGGGGUGAAGUUCAGUGACUUUCAGGCAACUCUACAGGGACUUCUCCUGGCUGGCUGCUUCCUCUUCAUCUCCAGGUCCAAGCCUCUGAAAACCCUCUCCAAGGAAAGGCCCUUGCCCAACAUCUUCAACCUCUACACAGUCCUGACGGUUCUGCUCCAGUUCCUGGUCCAUUUCCUCAGCCUCGUGUACCUCUACCAGGGAGCCCAACAACGCAGCAGCUCCAGCCGGGAGGAAUUUGUGGAUCUCUACAAGGAGUUUGAGCCCAACCUGGUGAACAGCACUGUGUACAUCAUGUCCAUGGCCAUGCAGAUGGCCACCUUUGCCAUCAACUACAAGGGCCAUCCCUUCAUGGAGAGUCUCCAGGAGAACAAACCUCUACUGUGGAGCAUCAUCCUGUCAGGAGUUGCCAUUGUUGGGCUCCUCACAGGUUCCUCACCAGAGUUCAACGAGCAGUUUGGAUUGGUGGAAAUCCCCACGGAGUUCAAGCUGGUGAUCACCCAAGUGUUGCUGGUUGACUUCUUCCUGGCCUUGUCAGUGGACAGAAUCCUUCAGUUCCUGCUGGGGAGUGCCAAGCUCAAAGUGCCUUCCUGA